CCUACCAUUCUGACUCUCUCUCUCUCUCUCUCUCUCUCUCUCUCCGAUCUAUGUAUCACUAAUUCACUAUAAAACCCCCUCCACCGCCUAAUCGCCAAGGGAAAUUUCGUCGAUUCGUCUUGCUCUUGCCGUACCACUAUUACCACCAACCACCCGCUUUACUUAGUAUUGUACUAUCGUACGUUGGGUUUCGAUUCAAAGCAGCACCACAAUUCACAACUCAUAUUGAAUGAAGCUUCCGGUGGUUCUUCAGGAACAUGUCACAACUACCCACUUCUCUCUCCCAACUUACUAUUAGCCAGCCUUACUCUAUUCCGCCUUGCUGCUUUCAUUGCCAUCCCUCGGCCUUUUUCCUGAUACCCUAACCUUAAGCCACAAUACAAAUCAUUCACUCUCUCUCUCUCUCUCUCAUCAUCCGCAGCCAUGAAAAGAAUCAGAGGCUUCAAGCUGAAGCACCGGGUCAGCACCCUCUUCCGAUUCGUCAUCCGAGGGACGUGCACCCGCCCAUCAACAGGGUACCACCGGCUCGACCCGCCAACAUCCAAUUCCAAACCGAUCUCCAGCCUCUUCAGCCGCCUCAAGACCAAGGCCAAGGCCCUCUGCUCUGUUGAUACGGGUCGGGGUCCGGAUAGGGUGUACGAUCAAUUUGGCAAGGGCGUGGCCGUUCCGAAGGGGCACAUGGCGGUGUACGUAGGGCAGAAGGACGGCGACUUCCGGCGGUACCUGGUGCCGGUGAUGUACUGCAAUCACCCUCUGUUUGGGCGGCUGCUGAGGGAGGCGGAGGAGGAGUUUGGGUUCAAUCAGCAGGGCGGAAUCACCAUCCCUUGCCGGGUCUCCGAGUUCGAGAGCGUCAAGACCCGGAUCGCAGCCGGCGGCGGUCUCCGGAAGUUGCUGACGUGGAAGAAAGCCCGUUGGGCUGGUUAGAAUGAUUAUAAUGACGAUAAUAUCCACGUUUGAUGGUGUUAUAAUUUUUUAUUUUUAGAAUAUUUUAAAAGUUUGUUUUAUUUUGUUUUUUUUUUUUUCAUUUGGGCUUCAGUACAUAUAUAUAUAUUAUAAUAAUAGCUGUAAAUUUAUAGGGGAUUUUUCCUUUAUUACAUAUUCUUCUCAUGAGAAUUAACUGCA